UGGUGUACUCUGAUUUGUAAUUCUUUCAUGAAGAGGUCGGUUGAUCGUAUGAGCUAAGAAAUGGCCAAAGUUGAAAAGUUUGUUUUCCACGUCCCAAGUCUAGAAGAACUUGCUGGGGUUCUGCAGAAGGGGCUUAAAGAAAACUUUGCUGAUGCUCAGGUCUCUGUAGUGGACUGCCCUGAUUUGACUCAAGAACCAUUCACCUUUCCUGUUAAAGGAAUCUGUGGGAAGCCUAGAAUAGCAGAUGUUGGAGGUGUCCCUUACCUUUUGCCUCUUGUACAAGAAGAUAAAGUGUAUGAUCUGAAUACUAUUGCAAAAGAAAUAGAGCUGCCUGGAGCUUUCAUUCUUGGAGCUGGAGCUGCUUCAUCUAGAAAUCUUGGAGUAAAUGCUGAGUUUAUCCCUAUUGCUCAAACUGAGACUGAACAAAAGCAUCCAGUAAAUGCAAGUUACAAUGCUCGAAUUAAUCCUACAGAUGGAGGAUGCUUGCUGGAGAAGUACAAAUACAGCAGUUUUGGAUUGUUGGCCAACCUGUUUGCCAGCCAGGGCCAACCAGGCAAGGUCAUUGAAGUGAAAGCUAAUGGAAGAACUGGGCAACAUAAUUUUAUCACCUGUCUGAGGCAAAUUUUAGAGAAACAUUAUGGUGAUAAGCCAGUUGGAAUGGGAGGUACAUUUGUUAUUCAAAAGGGAAAAGCAAAGAUGCAUAUCAUGCCCCCAGAAUUUUCUGCUUGUCCUUUGAACACUGAUGAGGAGGUAAAUAAUUGGCUCAAGUUUUUUGAAAUGAAGGCACCAUUGGUUUGUCAGCCUGUGAUAGUUUCCAGAGAUCCAGGGUUUGAUCUGCGAUUGGAACACACCCACGGUUUUAGUCACCAUGGUGAAGGAGGACACUAUCAUAAUGAUACCACACCAGAUAGCGUAGAGUAUUUGGGAUAUUUUUUGCCUGCAGAACUUCUCUUUCGUAUUGACAGACCCAAAGAGACUCAUCUGGUUGGAAGAGACUAAAUCAGGGCACAUCUUGCCUUGCCAAUGAAAUGCUGGAGUUAGUAAUACCUUUAAUCAAGCACACAAACAUAUUUGGCAUUUUAUUGCUGUUAGUUUCAUAUCAACUUUUAUUGGCCUUUUUAAAGAAGAGAUAUUUUCAACAUCUAGACAAUCUGAUUUCAGAUAUAACUAUUUCUAUCACAUGUUCAAACAUCAAGAGCCAAAUUAUUUUGUAUUAAUGAUUUGAUUUGUUCCAUUUUGAUUGCUUUGGGGCCCUGCUACAUGUUCAAAUUAAAGCUGGAUAGAAACCAA